CGCGCACCACUCGACCGAAACUUACAAACGAUGCCAUAACAUAGACCGCACUACUCGUCUCUCAUAAUUUAUUUUUAAUAACAAAUUAAAAUAAAAUUACCUCAAAAUGUUCGGUUCAAAAAUAGUUUUUAGUUUGUUUAUGAUCCUCAGUGUUUGUUACGGUGCUGUUGAUAUAAAAAAAUAUUUAAAAGUAUGCGAUAGAAAUGCAAUAGAUGUGAACGACUGCAUGGCGGAUGCUGUGCGACAAGGCAUUGCAACGAUGAUCAAUGGCAUAGACGAGCUGGGAGUGCCACCCAUAGACCCGUACCUGCAGAAGGAAUUUCGGUUGGAGUACAAGAAUAAUCAGCUCGCAGCGAAAUUGACUUUAAAGAACAUUUACGUGGAAGGUUUGAAGGAGGCCAUUGUUCAUGACGCCAGAUUGCGCGCUGAUGAUGACAAGUUCCAUUUAGAAGUGGACCUGAGUGGACCAAGAGUUUCAGUCAGGUCUGAUUAUUACGGAGAAGGACAGUUCAAUGCUCUGAAGAUUGUAGCCUAUGGACAAGUUAAUACUACUAUGACUGACUUAGUUUACACGUGGAAACUUGACGGAGUCCCAGAAAAGAACGGCACUGAGACGUAUAUCCGCAUUAAAGAUUUCUACAUGAGACCCGACGUUGGCAGCCUGGUCACUCACUUCAGAAACGACAACCCAGAAUCUAGAGAAUUGACUGACUUGGGUACAAGAUUCGCGAAUGAAAACUGGAGAAUGCUAUACAAGGAAUUUCUGCCAUAUGCUCAAGCUAACUGGAACAGAAUCGGCGUCAGAGUAGCCAAUAAAUUAUUCCUAAAAGUUCCUUACGAUCAACUGUUUCCCACAUCUUCAUGAUUUUAACAAAAAUAUUUAAGAAGUUACUUAUUUCAUAUUAAAUUUAUAUCUAGAAGACAUUGGUGUUCUGUGAUUCCUAAAAUUACCUAA